AUGAUCUUUUCUAGGUGUCUGCGUCGAAGAGGGGGACCCUAUAAGACAGAGCCGGCCACAGACCUCAGUCGCUGGCGACUCAGCAAUAAGGUUGGGAGGCAGACAUGGACCUACUUUCAAGAAGAAGAUCCUGGCCGAGAGCAGUCUGGCCUGGAAGCUCACCUCUUGGGACUGGAUACAAAGAGUUUCUUUAAGGACUUGCCAAAAGCGCACACAGCCCUCAAGGGGGCUCUGAAUGGGGUGACAUUUUACGCUGCACUGCAGACUGAGGAUGGGCAUUGGGCGGGUGAUUACGGUGGCCCGCUCUUCCUCCUGCCAGGCCUCCUGAUCACGUGCCAUGUGGCACACAUCCCUCUGCCGGCCGGAUACCGAGAAGAAAUUAUACGGUACCUGCGGUCUGUGCAGCUCCCCGAUGGCGGCUGGGGCCUGCACAUUGAGGACAAGUCCACGGUAUUUGGAACUGCGCUCAACUAUGUGUCUUUGAGAAUUCUGGGUGUGGGGCCUGACGAUCCUGACCUGGUGCGAGCCCGGAACCUUCUUCACAAGAAAGGUGGUGCCGUGUUCAUCCCCUCCUGGGGGAAGUUCUGGUUGGCUGUCCUGAACGUGUACAGCUGGGAAGGCCUCAAUACACUGUUUCCAGAAAUGUGGCUGUUUCCUGACUGGAUGCCCGCACAUCCCUCCACGAUCUGGUGCCACUGUCGGCAGGUGUACCUGCCCAUGGCCUACUGCUACAGCACCCGGCUGCGUGCCGAGGAGGGCCCGCUGGUCCAGAGCCUCCGCCAGGAGCUCUACGUGGAGGACUACAGCUGCAUCGAUUGGGCCGCACACAGGAACAGCGUGGCCCCGGACGAUCUGUACACGCCGCACAGCUGGCUGCUCCACCUCGUGUACGCCAUCCUCAACUUGUACGAGCGCCACCACAGCACCAGCCUGCGGCAGCGGGCCACCCAGAAGCUGCAUGAGCACAUCGCGGCCGACGACCGCUUCACCAAGUGCAUCAGCAUCGGCCCGAUCUCGAAAACCAUCAACAUGCUCGUGCGCUGGCACACAGACGGGCCGGCCUCUGCUGUCUUCCAGGAGCACGUGUCCAGGAUUCCCGAUUAUCUCUGGCUGGGCCUUGACGGCAUGAAGAUGCAGGGUACCAAUGGCUCACAGAUCUGGGACACCGCGUUCGCCAUCCAGGCUUUGCUGGAGGCAGGUGCACAACACAGGCCGGAGUUUUGGUCCUGCCUGCAGAAGGCACAUGAGUAUCUCCGGAUCUCCCAGGUGCCAGACAAUUUCCCCGACUACCAGAAGUACUACCGCCAGAUGACCAAGGGCGGCUUCAGCUUCAGCACGCUGGACUGUGGCUGGAUUGUGGCCGACUGCACGGCUGAGGCCUUGAAGUCCAUCCUCCUCCUGCAGGAAAAGUGUCCCUUUGUUACCAAUCAUGUCCCACGAGAGCGGCUUUUCGAUGCUGUCGCUGUGUUGCUGAGCAUGAGAAACCCCGACGGAGGGUUUGCCACCUAUGAGACCAAGCGGGGGGGACACCUUCUGGAGCUUCUGAACCCCUCCGAGGUCUUUGGGGACAUCAUGAUUGACUACACGUAUGUGGAGUGCACCUCAGCAGUGAUGCAGGCACUGAAGACUUUCCACAAGCAGUUCCCAGACCACAGGGCCGGGGAGAUCAGGGAGACCCUCGAGCGGGGCUUGCAGUUCUGUCGGCAGAAGCAGAGGCCUGAUGGCUCCUGGGAAGGCUCCUGGGGCGUGUGCUUCACGUACGGCACCUGGUUUGGGCUGGAAGCCUUCGCUUGCAUGGGGCACACCUACCAUAAUGGGGCUGCCUGUGCGGAGAUCUCCAGGGCCUGUGACUUCCUGCUGUCCCGCCAGAUGGCAGACGGAGGCUGGGGGGAGGACUUCGAGUCCUGCGAGCAGCGUCGCUAUGUGCAGAGUGCCCGGUCCCAGAUCCACAACACAUGCUGGGCCCUGAUGGGGCUGAUGGCCGUCAGGCACCCUGACGUGGCGGCCCUGGAGAGAGGAGUCACCUAUCUGCUUGAAAAGCAGCUGCCCAACGGGGACUGGCCCCAGGAGAACAUCAGCGGGGUCUUCAACAAGUCCUGCGCCAUCAGCUACACUAGCUACAGAAACGUCUUCCCCAUCUGGACCCUCGGGCGCUUCUCCCGUCUGCACCCCGAGAGCGCCCUCGCUGGCCACCCUUGA